AUGGCAUCAAGAAGCGUAUCACCCGGUGGGGCUCUCCUACGAGCAUCAAGGGUCUUUUCGAUUCCAGCUCCACUUCAACGAUCGGCCGUCGAGAUGUCAUCAACAGGAGGCUAUACUUCCGAUACUUCUACGCUCCCACAUCCGAUUCAUAUGUCCAUUACAACUCCCCAAUCAUCACUCGCGAAAGGCGAUUGGGGGUUGAAACGACCCUUGCCGCUUCGCUCGACGACCAAAUCUUCGACGCCCGUGCUCCGAAUUCAGAAAAUGGACACCUUCGAACAUAUCACCGAGUUUGGCUCUGCGGCAGAUCAUACACUGUCACUGCAAAAAUUCCUCGAGAUGGGUAUACCGCUCACAACACCCCAAUUGAAAGAAAGUACACAAUCACAUCUCGACUCCCGCGCUCGGAGCGUUUUCGAAGACGCAAUUGACACAACUGGUACCGGAGAGGGCACAGGUUCGACAGAGAUUGAUGCAAGAUGGAAAUUCAGCGGCCCUUGGCUGGCGGGGCAGACCCAGGGAGAAUUUAAUGAAUACGUUCAGAAAGAGGUUCGGAGAAGGAAGCAAGGUUUCCACGAAUAUCUGCGAGGCGCCUGCUCUGUGGCACUCGCAAAGGAACGUCGAGAACAACGAGCAUCUUCGGAGGGUGCAGAUGAGCUGGAACUUAACCCUCAAGCUGAGGUCACUGAUGAGCAGCUGAAGGACUAUGUAAAAUCUCUUCGCCAAGAUUGGACGGAGCUUUACAGACAUAUUCGCACAUUCCUAGACCUCCCGCCUGCGUCAUCAGUCAACGCUCCUACUGAGAUAUUCAAUGCAAUGUUCGAAAACAUUUCAACUUCUCUGGAAAAAGAUAGCACCGUCUCUACUUCACCAUAUAGAGACUCUGGACCACCGAAGACACACCCAUCCGCGGGCCUUGCCUACAGUCGGACGAAUUCAACGCUAUUCAAUCACCCUGUUUUCGGCCCGCAGUCAUCCAAGUCUCCCGUCCAAGCACGCAUCAUCUCGCCCAAAGGUGCAUUGCAUGGUAGUACGAAUCUAGGAGUCGGUGGAUUUGUCACCGGCACUCCAUUCAACGAUGAAUCGUUCAGGGUGUCUUCCACCAGGGGUCGUGGCCGCGGAGCCAUGCCUGCUCCAAUGGUUCCAGGGCUCGUUAACAUUGAACCCGAUAAAGUGGGUGGCAGCAAAGUAUAUGUGCAGCCAAAGUCUGCUACUGUGAAUCCCCAAGGAUCGGUAAUCUUGCGUGUGGUUAGUGCAGAGACGGGAGCAGUUGAUGUAAAGGAGGGGAACACAGAUCACUACAAGCACCCACCACCACCGGCGCUUUCGACUGGCGUACGAGUAAGCCCAAGGGGGUUAUCCAGGACGUUGCGACGUGAUGGCGCUGGAUCGAGGGAUUUUGGAUUAAGCAAUUAA